GCUUGGUGCGCGUUUGCACGUUCCUGCAGCCAGGGUUUGGCGGCCAACGAUCGAUAUCCUAGGUUAUCCUUCUCUCAGGCAAUGGAUUGAUUCGCGACACGGCGGCGGCAAUCGAUUGAUCAGCGAUGGAGCUAGGUAGUCUGGGCCAGGUUCUUGAUCGGAUCGACAGGAUUUCCAACGCGUCGCUGGGAAUGCUGUCCAAGCGCGAGUGCAUCCGGAGAUUUGUGGGAUUUUGCGAGCGGCUCCAGCCGAUUCUAGAGCAAUUGGAUGCCGGGCAGGACGGGGAAUUGCCAGUGACGCUGGCGACGGCGCUGGUUGGGAUUGGAAGGGAGCUCCAGAGGGGCGAGUCGGUUCUAGAGGCUUACAAGGAGAGGAGCCAGUUUUUCGUUCUCACGCAUUGCCUCGCGCUGACCAAGACCAUGGAAGACUUGACCCAGAGUCUUGGGAAGUGGAUCUCUUUACUAAAUUGUGGUGGAUUGUCGGAGCUUAAGCGGAGGAUAGAAGACCUUUCCACGGAGAUGCAACACGCUAGAUUCUACGUGACUGAUGCCGAGAAAAGCUCUCUUGACGCUCUAGAAAAGGAGGUCAAGUAUGACUUUCUCAUCGUGGGAGUUCUCUGGAGAGACCUCGCGCGGCUGAUUGGAGUAGAGCCGACAAAUUCUCGAGCAUUAGAAGAGCAAGUCCAGCUUUUGAAGAAGGAGGUGACGAUGGUCGAUGUCAGCAUGGAUCGAGAGCUUGAUAAGAUGCGGAACAUUCUCAAGAUCGUGGAGCAAGUUACUGCCGAGCCGCAGCUCACACGCAUGUAUAGCUACAAGGAGUCUGCUGAAGAGGAGCCUCUGCAACCGUUCGAGUCGUUCGUGUGUCCGCUGACGAAGCAGAUCAUGAAGGAGCCGGUUAUGAUCCAGUCGGAGCUGACUUACGAGCGCAGCGCGAUUGAGAGAUGGUUCAAAACCUGCGCUGAAGAGGGACGAUCCGUGACUUGCCCGGCCACUGGUGUGCUGCUGGCAUCCACGGAGAUGAGAAGCAACAUCAUGCUGAGGCAUACCAUCGAGGAAUGGUGCCAGAGGAACGCUAGGAUACGAAUUCACAAGGCGUUGUCUCAACUCUCGAAGAGCUCCUCCAUGAAGAGUUUGGCGGGUGUGGAGGAAGCCUUGGAUAGCAUUCUUAAGGUUUGUGGGGACGGGCCGGUGACUCAGUACAGGCUUGGAAAAUCUCACUUUACUUCCUCGGCGCUGGAAUUUUGGAGGAAGAGGCUGGCGGGUGGUUCACAAGUUCGAACGAAGGCGCUGUAUAUUUUGCAACGAAUUGCUGCUGACGACAUCGACAGUCAAGAGUGUUUGGUUGAAGCAGGAGUAUUGAAGGCCGCCGUGAGAAGCCUUUCGAGCAGCCACGUUUACGAGGUGGAGGGUGCUCUCAAGCUUUUGCUAGAGAUAUCAAAGAAGCCAGAGUUUGCAAAGCUGAUUGGCAAAGAGAAAGGAGCGCUCAUUCAUCUUCUUGGCAUUUCUUCGAACUCUUCGGGAAACGCUUCCCUAUCGGUCCUUGCGGACAGGACGUUAAGAAAUCUGGAACAAAUAGAUUCAAACGUUUGGGAGAUGGCUGAGGCUGGGCGGCUUGAGCCAUUGAUCACACGCCUUUGCAAAGGACCAGAAGCUACAAAGAUCGAAAUGGCCGAGUAUCUCGCAGAGAAGAUAUUUGUCAACAGCCAGAAAGAGUUUGUCGCCAGGAAAGCAGGAAAAGUUCUUGUUCAUAUGCUAUCAGCCAAUUCCAUGCAAAAAGAGGCGGCCAUAGGUGCGCUGCUGAACCUCUCAUCCCUGGAAGAGAACGUUCCAGUUCUAGUGAAAGCUGGCAUACUGCCCCCAGUGGUUGAAAUCAUCCUCUCAGUUCCAACUUCAUCGAAUCGCUUGCGAGGAAAUUCGAAGGAAAAGGCUGCGACGACACUAGCCAACGUCGUCGCCGUCGCUGGCAGCUGGGAGACAGUGCAGAUCGACUCCGAAGGGAAUUUAGUCCAGUCGGAGUACUUUGUGCACAGACUCCUGGGGCUCUUGUCAUCGGUUGGGCCAGAUUGGAACAGCAAAGCUCCUGAAAAUUCUUAUUGGAGUCGCUUCAUCACCACAAGCCGCAGAUAAUGCUGUCAAGCACGUCGUCACUGGAAACGGCAUCGCCAUUAUCCUCACUCUUCUCCCAACCAGCGAUGACGCGCAUCGGCAACAUCUUCUCAGCUUACUCAGUGUUCUUUCAGCAAGAGCCGGCAGAGAGAUAAGUCAAGCCAUCGCUGAAACCAGGCACCUCCAGAGCCUUAAAGAGAUAGUCAAGCUCAAGAACGCCGAGGAGAGCAUCUUUGCCGCGUCCAUCAUCGCCAACAUUCCUCUCACAGAGCACGAGACGAUCAACUUCCUCGGCCUGGAGAUGAUAAGCUGGAGUCUGGCCACUAUCGAAGAGCUCAAAACGCGAAGAAUGGGAUCAGCUCGCGUGACUUCAUCCAUGCUGGAGGCCCUGCUGGGAGUGCUUCUUCACUUUACUCGCUGCCGGGACUCUCAAACGAUCGACGCGAUGAAGCAAAGCAAGCUCUUCUCGCAAUUCAAGCAGGUACUGCAGCUCCAUCAAGGCCGGGCUUGGGUGGCGAAGCAACGAGCAGCCACUGGACUCGGGUACUUGUC